AUGAUGCACAAGGCAAUAGCAGCGCUGCUGUUAUCGGCUGGCUUGGCUGUUGCUCGACCAUUGACGGCCAGAGGGUUGAUCAAUGACGCUGCCGGUCAAACCUACGACUACAUUGUGGUUGGCUGUGGUGUAUCUGGUCUGGUCGUUUCUUCACGUUUGAGCGAAAACGAGGAUGUAACGGUCCUCUGCCUCGAGGCGGGAUCACUCGAUCAUUACGAGGAUGAGAUUAUGAUUCCUUACUACAUCGGUCUACAACCAUAUGGGUUCUACGAAUGGGGAAUAUAUACGGUGCCCCAGACCCAAUUAGAUGGCGUCAGUCGUCACAUCCCAUUGGGGAAAGGGGUUGGUGGUGGUUCCCUUAUCAAUGGUAUGGUAUGGAAUCGAGGAAACCAGCGAAGUUUCAAUGCCUGGAAUGACGUUGGAAACUCUGGAUGGGGUUGGAAUGCCCUUCUGCCAUACUUUGAGAAGGCAAGCAAAUGCAUACUCCCACUACAGUCCGCAGGUGCAGAGGUGCAACCCGAGCUGCAGAAUCCUGCUGUCCACGGCACGAGUGGCCCGGUCCAGGUAUCGUAUCCCAACUAUUACUGGCCGCAGACAGACAACUGGUUCGCGGCGCUCCAUGAAUUGGGCAUUCCAACCUCGGCCGAGCCCAACGAAGGCUUAACCGCGGGUGGUUACUUUUUGCCCUUGGACAUUGACCCCAACAACCAGACACGCUCCGACGCCCGUCGUUCGUACUACGAUCCCAACAUUGCACGAAACAACUUCAAUGUCCAACCAAACUCCCAGGUCACCCGGAUUCUGUUCGAGCAGGGCGACCAAUUGACAGCUACCGGGGUCGAAUUCGCAACCGGACCAUCCUCACCGCGUCAGACAGCGUACGCCAGCCGCGAAGUCAUCCUUGCAGCUGGUGCCAUCCACAGCCCCCAAUUACUCGAGCUUUCGGGUGUUGGACAAGCGUCCGUGCUUGAAUCGGUGGGCGUGGAAGUGCUUGAGAAUCUGCCCGGUGUCGGCAACAACCUGCAGGACCACGGCAUGAUCCAUCUGGACUACCAUUACACGAAUCCUGCAGUCAUGGACAUCAGUGAUUUUGCCAGCAACUCAACCUUCAAUGAUGAGGCCGCCGCGGAGUAUUAUGGGAGCAAGACCGGACCAUGGACAGCCAAACCCAGCUGUGCCGUUGCCUUCCCUUCACUCCAGCAAGUCACGGACGACGUCGAGUCCAGGCUAGCGGCCGCCAGUUCUGCGCCGUACAACCUUCCGUCGACGUACGAUGACGAACCGACCCUUCAGGUAGGCUAUGAACGCCAGAUCGCCAGCGUGCUCGAUGAGUUGGCCCACGAGGACAUCCCGGCGUUCGAGAACUUGAACAACAACGCCGGUGGAUUGGAUUUGGCGCUGAUGCGGCCACUGUCUCGGGGUACGACGCACAUCACAUCGAUCGACCCUUUUGCUUCUCCCAACGUCGACCCCCGAUGGCUGGUUCAUCAGUUCGACUACGACGUCAUGAUCCUUGCGAUGCAGGUCAACCAGCGCAUUUUGGACACGUCGGCGAUCCAGGAGCUCGGGCCGUCUUAUGAUCAAGUUCCUUGGGACGCGUCGGUGGAUGAACUUGGACAAAUUCUGCGGUCUGGCAUCGGCACCGAAUACCACUACUCAUGUACGACCGCCAUGUUACCCCUGGAACUGGGUGGUGUGGUGGAUGGAGAGCUGCGGGUUUAUGGAACUAACAAUUUGAGAAUCGUGGAUACCGGUAUCUAUCCCAUGGUUCCUGGAGCGCAUUUGCAGGCGGUGGCAUAUGGUGUUGCUGAAAAGGCGGCCGACUUGAUCAAGGCUGCUCAGUGA